CCACCCCUCGGUGGUUUGCCAGUGGUUCAGUCAGCGCUUCGCACCGGCGUCGCUUCUCUGCUGCUCGGGUGACUCGUCUCGGUCAGCCUCGUGCAGAUAAUCGCGUGGCUGCUGGAUGUCGUCGCGAGAUCAAUGAGAGAACGUGUGUACCGCGGGAAGAACAUCGACGAGGCCACAGGUGCGAUCGAGUCAUCGAUACCUUUGUUGGUUCGUUCUGUAUAAAAAAGGUGCUCCGAACGGGCGCGAUAGCUGUACGUUCGAGGCCGUUACGUGUAUGAACCUUGUGAAUCGCGAAGUGUCUCGCGAGAGAAGAGAGAAGAGGAAACAGAGGAUUCGAGAGGAAAGGAACGAGGUGGAUUCAACGAGGACCUGAACGGGUCCUUAAAGCCAAGGAUCGUGCAUGUCUCAGACCCUGCCUCUUAGCUUUUCACCUAGCAAAGCUCUGCCUACGUCCCUGAGCUGGAGGCGUGCGGCCGACUCCUGUGCUGCGUGCAGAGGCUGUACAGAAGCGGAAGUGCAGUGGAAGAGGCCGAGCAACGUGUGAACCGAGGUCGAAGAGGGGCACAGGCGGGCCCCGAGCUGGAGGGGCCGUCAGGCUCGGAGGAUGGCAUCCUCCCUAUACCAGUCAGCCCGAGUCCUGCAUCCACAUCUUCGCAGGAGGAUGCAUGCAAACCGCCUCCAAGGAACUGUUAUCGCCUCGUCAUGCUUGGUAGCGCGAGAGUUGGCAAAACUGCUAUUGUAGCACGAUUUCUGUCCAACAAAUUCGAGGAAAGUUACACGCCGACGAUCGAGGACUUCCAUCGAAAGCUCUACAGGAUUAGAGGUGAGGUCCAUCAGCUUGAUCUUCUGGACACGAGCGGAAACCAUCCGUUUCCCGCCAUGCGACGAUUAUCCUUCCUAACGGGCGAUCUGUUCGUGGUGGUGUUCAGUUUGGACUGUCGGGAAUCCUUCGAAGAGGCCAUCAGACUGCGGGAAUCGAUCCUGGAGACUAAAGUUAGCGCAACUCAGAGCGCCACGAAGAGCAGAAGCAAGAGUCACUUCAAUUUGAAGGUUCCCAUGGUCAUCGUUGGGAAUAAAUGUGAUAAGGAUGUAAAAACAGUUACGGUGGAAGAAGCGGAAGAAUAUUGCAAUAGGCAGGAUGACUGUUGCGUUUUCGUGGAGGCCUCCGCAAAGAGAAACUACCACGUGGAGGAGCUUUUUUACCAACUUUUCAUAGUGGCGGGCUUACCUCUCGAAAUGGCACCGAAUCAUCAUAGAAAGGUCCCUCUCACUUUUGGUUCUCCCACCAUGUUACCACCGUCACAGCCAAGGCACAAAGCGACCCUUAGUAUAAAGCGUCGGUUGAGUGACGCCUGCGGCGUCGUGGCGCCCAAUGUCCGUCGACCCAGCAUAAGAACGGACCUGAUGAUCAUGAGGACGAAAACGUGUUCCCUGGCUGCGGGGAAUGAGAACAAUGCACCAGGAUCGAGGAUCACUCUGAGAUCAUCCGAUGCCAGAAAGACGUGCUCGAUUCAGUGAUAUAACCACCAGUUUUCUCUAUAAUCGUACUCGAAACGAUGGGAACUCGGCUUCGAUGACGAUCUUCGCCCAGCGAUUACGCGUCGGCUGCAAACACAAAAACAUUGUGUUUUUAUUGGUACGAAACAAAGGAAAAAUGAUAUUUGUAUUUGAAUAAAAAGAACGCAUGUAUACGUACAGGGUGGUUCAGAAUUGGUGGGAGAAACUUUGAUGAAUUAUUAGAAAUCAAAUCUUGUUUCAUUUUCUAAACAAUAAAGUACAGAAAAUGGACACUCUUUUUAGUUUAAUAAUACAUCCAAAUUUGUUGCAUAAUGUCUGAAUCACUCUCUACGUAAACAUCGCCUUUUCUGAAGCGGCUGAGGAUCAACCACCAUCAGGCACAAGAACGUGUUUUUCUUUGGUUUGAACAAAGGAGAAAGAAGAAAUUUGUAUUUAAAUAUAAAAAAAUAUAUAUAUAUAAAUAUCGCCUUUUCUAUGCGGGAUUUAAUUAUAAAGGAACGGCGAACUGUACAGUGAUAAUGAACGUUAAACGAAGAGGAUCGUUAAAGGACAAGUAUAUAUCGUGUUUUUGCGGAAGUGGCAUAGGACGCGAGGGGUCGUAAGCGAGGAUCGUCGCAAGAAAAAAAGAGAAUGAAACAUUUAAAAACCGACCACGCUGCUCGCCUUAAUUAAUUAAAGGAAUAGCUGUAGCAUCGCGUCACGGAAGUAACAUAUAUUAUUAAAGUAAGAUGUAAUCGGGGAUCGGUUGUCAGAUUAAUUAACCGAUGACGAUCGAAGCGGAAGAGUUUGUCGUAAUUAUGAUCGAAAUAAGGGAAUGACCCGUUUCCCUGAUCAUUUCCGGAGCUUUUGAGAAUAUUUUUCAUAAUAGCCGAUCAUUCAUAAUUUAAAGUUAUACAGGAUGGUUCUAAAUUAAAUCUAACUUCAUCCAGAUAAGUUGGUAAUAAAUGUGUUAAUUUGAAACGUUCUGUACCUUGUUUUUCGUAAUCAAAAUUCAGCAUUGAAAGAACUAUUCAGAUUUGAUUGAACAAUUUUGAUUGACUGUUUAUCGAGUUGGGUGUAUUGUGAUUAUGAUUGUUGAAAUGGUCGGCUGAUCGUGAAACUUGGAUUCUAUUUAAGCAUGAUUGUCAAACCAACGCGAACCAAAUACCGUAUACGUGUAUAUAGUUACUUUAUUCGUAUGAAAUGAAAUAACACCAUUGAUUCAACCAUGUACACUCGCAAUCAAAUCAGGUUUCCCUACGGAAAAUAGAAGAACCAGGAAUUCUUUACAUUUUAAUUUUGACGAUACUGAUAUUAAUAUUAAAAGUAAUUUGAGAAAAUUAUAUAAUUUUUAAUUAUUAUGUAUUACAAAAUUUAAUAUAUAAAAUAGAAAUAUGAAUAAUGAGCAGGGAAGUCUGACUUGAUCGCGAGUGUACGAGCAUUUGAUGCGUUCGUUAUUCGUGAAGUUUCGAAUCACUUUGGGUAUCGAAUUUAAAACGUUUCAAGAAUUAUUCGUUUCUUCUAUUCGUGCAAAUUAGAGUAUUGAUUUGAAACUUUCCUAACAUGCUAGAAAACUAAAAUUAAAGUCACCCUGUUUCUUUCCAUUAUCCUAUGUUUUUAGAAUUCUCUCACGAUACUGAAAUUUUCAGAGCUGGAUAAACUCGAAGCUUCUAAUCACUAAGUUACAGUUCAUUUAUUUAUUAUUCAUUUCACAAUAUGUGCUAUUCAGAAGUAAAUAAUUAUUGUAAAAAUCAAAAUACAUAAAAGAGACACAUCAUUUCGUGAAACUCACCCCUAGUUUUCGGACCAAAGAACCAUUUCGUUUUCUUGUAAUAAACGCAUAAAUGAUACCAAAAAUAACGUGUGUAAAUUUUUCUUGAAACAGUCUGUAUAAAGAGAACUUCUUUCAUUAUCGAAUGAAAGUUAGUAUCAUCGGGUUUUCCAUUUGGUUAAAAUAAAAUUAACACUUCUUUUCUCUCGCUCGACAAUUGGAAUACUAAUGACGAGAAGAAAAUUCUUGAAAAUUGGAGUAUUCGUUGAACAAGUUCAACGAGGUAUAACACAGGACACAAGUAAUUACUGGUCAAGUACCAGCGAACGUGGCGAGAAUUUAAAACGUCCGUGAAAUUCGCACCACCGCAUUAUAUUUACGCGGUUGUAGAGAAUAGCGAGUCAUUUUCAAGCCAACGCCCCCGACAAUGUAAUGAAAAGACAUUUUUACAAAACUCCCAGUAGAUUAAUUAACCCUCGCCGCUGGCAGAGAUGAAAGGAACUCGCCUGUAGGUUUCCCGAGAGUCCUAGGGUGAGGUCAAUUACUCGAUUAAUACGUUAAUUAAUUUCCUGCCUGCUAUGCUUCCGUUCUACCCCCUUAUCUACCUUCCUUCUCUUUUUUUAGACAAAUUACGGAUAGUUCAAUUGCGAAUGCUAAAAUAUCCGUUUCUAAUUAAAGGCUAAAAGGUCACAUGCUUACCGGAAAUUUUCUCAACUAUUCAGCGCAAGAUUCGAGAGCAUUGUUCAAAAGGUAGACUUAAUACGUUAGUGGAAAUAAUUACAAAAUUUCAGGGAUUUUAAUUGUCUGUAAUAUAAUUAUCUUCCCUCACAAAUUACUCUCGAAGCAUAAUUAAACCCGGCUGUAUUUCUGGAAUGGUGCUUCCAUCUUUCUAGACUAUUACUAUUGAUUGUAACUAAAUGCUUCAGAGAGAAA